GCUGAAUUCUAAAUGAUGUCAAUGAUGUCUAAGAAGCACCCACUCUUCCACAUUGCAAUUGGUUCGCCAAGUUCCGAAUGUUGAAAUCAUUGCUCCAUGCCAAUCCAGACAAAUCAGUGGUUUUCUUUCCACCGAAAGUUCCUAAAACCAGCAUAGAACUACCGAGCGACUGAAUUUGUAAACCCUGCUCCCAGAUUCAAAUUCCAAAGCACAGAUGGAAUUCCGCAGGUUUCGGAGUCGUCCAAGUCCAGGAACUUCGUCCGGUCGAGCGCUCCAGCACUUCUGCCCAAGGUCUUGGUGGCCGUGCAGCAGGACGGCAGCGCCCUGAAGUUCGCAGCAGCCGCUCUGCAGGCGGAGAAGGAGGUGGUGCGCGCUUCCUGGUUGGGGCAUAUCCUCCAGGACGGCACAGCGCUGCAGAAUGCCCCGGAGGACCUCCGCGGCGACAAGGAGUUCCUAAUCGACGCGGUCAGGGCCACCAAGGCCCCCUGGCUCGUCCAGCUGGCCUCGAAGGCGCUGCAGGACGAUGCGGAGCUGGUGGACCAGGUGAAGGACGUGGCCGGAACGGGCCUGGUUUUCACCUGGUACUCGUACCACAGCUACGCCUGCUUCCUCCUCAUGCGGGACGUCCUGGUGGCCACGGGGGCCUCGGUCCCAGGCGGCGAGGCGUAUGAUGAAGUUAUGAAGGAAUUGAACAAGAGACCCGGCGGUGCCUGGGCCGGGGCGGUGGCGGUGGUAGCCGGAAAUUGGGUCCAUUCCGGAGAGGAGGGGGAAACAUGAGUCGAGAGUCGACUUACUUUACUAUGACUUUCUGUGAUUUGAAGAGUUUGGUGUGAAGUUGUCUGAUUGGUUGGACCCCUUCUCACCUGAAAAUCCAUAAAAACUGGUCCUGAGAUAUAUGUCCUAGGAACAAAUUCUAUGGUUGGAUGCAUUGAUUGUUUUGGGGCCCCAAUACUUGCAUGACAGUGUGAACCCACAGGUCUCCAAAGCUUGCCAAAAGUAAACAGUCUUCAAUUUGGAGCAGCCUUCUUUUUUGAUACUCCCAGAAAACACCAAAACUCUCCCAAGUCGCUUGCUGGAUCCGUGAUGCCACGUCUGACCCAAAUGCCUUGAGAACAGUGGUUUUUAAAACUCUGUUUGCCAAUACCCCUUUUCAAUCCUUUUCUGAAAACCUGCUUAAGGAUGCGUAUAUCUCAAGUCUGGAACAAGAGGUCUGAAAGGCAUUUCAAAGUAGCCACCCUCGCAGCCAGCUGCGUUUUCACCCAUACCCCUGCUUUGCUCGAAAUUCAACCGGAUGUGUAAGUCAUCUGAGAGAAUGGGAAAGAGGGUUUUGGAUGGGCCCUUGGAAUCUGAAGGCCUCUGUGCAGCACAGUUUCUUAAAUGGACCAGGCUUGGCGUCCAGGUGAGUCCACCUUUUUCUCCUUGCUGUAAAACAGCAAAUGUGCGGACACCCUCCACAUCGCUCCGCGUGAAACGUUGGAACCAACAAUCCAACUGAUCUUCUUAUAGUCAGUGCGUUAAGGAUCGUUAUAUCGCUUUAAAUGCAUGUUUCUGAAAGUCGAAGUGAAUCACAUUGUCGUGUUGGACAAACUGAAUGUUCUAAGUUUGCUCGUCCGUCACUGUCGAAACUGCUCACCCUCUCAGGAUCAGCCACUGUGUGGUUUGACACGGUCCCGGUCUGGGGCUUUGAGGGGGGCCUUCAGGCAAAUGGCCACAAGUGGCGCCAUCCGUCCCACGACUGUGGACGCGACGAUGUCCCGGUACCGCCACCGGAGGGACGCCACCCAAUGUGGGAGGCUGAAGUAGAGUCAAGGAUCUCCAGGAAGGCACCGGCAGUUGGCUCAAAGCACCCGUGCCACUUGGUUGGUGUGCCAAACAGCAUCAGGAUCUUCAUGGAUUUUUUGUUUGUUUUGAUUCCUUCAGCCGAGUCCUUCUCCACAACAAAAUGGAGUGCGGCUUUGGUGUGGCUAGACACUCAUGUCAACGUUGUUUGCCAAGGCUGGUGCUGCCAUUGGCUGCGAAAAGUGAAGCAGAAGCAGGCUGAAGGCGCAGUCAUUUGCUGCGCGGUAUCGAACAUAUACGCUCGCGACUGGGUGGACAUGUACGGUGCCGGAUCCUCAGAGCUCUCUGACAGCCUCGCCAAGCAGUACGGCCUUCCCCCGGAGCGCUUCAAGAAUGGCCGGCCACCUGGUUGGGGGGAAGGUGAAAUCGAGAUCUCCAACGGCAACAUAUUCUCGCGCGUGGCACCUGAGCAUCCUCACACCAAAAUGCCAUUGGGUGCUGGAUGCCGUUGGGAGCGUGAAGCGCUCGACAACCUUGGUUGCACGGUCAUGGCCUUUUUUAUGCCCUGAAGGGGCUUGCCAAAGACCUUUAGAUUUUCUGUG